UAUAUAAACGAAGGAGACCAGAAGUGUAAGUAUAUAUGCAUAAACCAAAUUAAGAAGAAACAAAAAACACACUUCACUAGCUACCAAAGGAAGAGAGAUAGAGAGAGAGGGAGAUGGCGACUUCAGGAACAUAUGUGACGGAGGUUCCUUUGAAAGGAUCAGCGGAGAAACACUACAAGCGGUGGAGGAAUGAGAACCACCUCUUCCCCGACGCCAUCGGUCACCACAUCCAAGGUGUCGCCGUCCACGACGGCGAAUGGGACUCCCAUGGAGCCAUCAAGAUUUGGAACUACACAUUAGAUGGGAAACCGGAGGUGUUCAAGGAGAGGAGGGAGAUAGAUGAUGAGAAUAUGGCGGUGACGUUCAGAGGACUAGAAGGUCACGUAAUGGAGCAGCUUAAAGUGUAUGAUACCAUCUUACAGUUCAUUCAAAAGUCGCCUGGUGAUAUCGUCUGCAAGAUCACUAUGACCUGGGAGAAGCGAACGGAUGACUCGCCUGAGCCCAGCAACUACAUGAAGUUGGUCAAGAGCCUCGCUGCUGACAUGGACGCCCACGUUCUCAAAGCCUAAAAACCCCCCUCUCACGUAAACCCAUCAUCAUCGUGUGUGUGUGUGUAUCUUUUAUGAUGUUUUCAAUAUAAUAAAUGGGGUUUUGCAUGUAUGGUUUCAUCUACUGUAAUAUGCUUUGAUGUUGUUUAUUAUGGUCUGGGUUUCAUGUAUGUUCAUUCAUGUAUCCUUGAUGAUUAAUGAUCAUAAAGAGUAAGUGACCAA